AUGGGCCAUCGACGCUUUUUAAAUCAGGGACACAAAUACAGACUAGACCGGAAUAGAUUUGACGGGCAGGUCGAAGGUAGAGAUCCGCCAAAGAAGUUAUCCAAAACAGAUGUAUUGAGGCAACAGUCUAAUGUGCACAUUUCAUUUGGGAAGAGUUCAAGUGUGACAUCUAAAAAAAGAAGCAAUGGCCAGGAUGCGGAUGAAGAUGACUCGCAUUGGAAGAAGAAGAGUGUUUUCUUUGACCUCCCGUACUGGGAGGAUCAGAUGUUGCGUCAUAACCUCGAUGUGAUGCAUAUAGAGAAAAACGUGUGUGAUAAUGUGGUCUUCACUAUCUUAAACGAUAGUAGCAAAUCAAAGGACAAUCUUAAAGCUCGCAGAGAUUUACAAUGCACGGGUAUAAGGCCUGAAUUAUGGCUGGGGGAAGGUGGUAAAUAUCCUUCUGCAAUAUUUGAGAUGUCAAAUUCACAGAGGGAUGUUUUUCUGAAGACUUUGCAGAAUGUGAUAUUUCCAGAUGGUUAUUCUAGCAACGUUGCUCGUUGUGUUGAUUUACGACAGCGCAAGUUAUCUGGGUUGAAAAGUCAUGACUGUCAUAUUCUGAUGGAACAAUUACUCCAAAUUUUGGUGAAGUUUGCACUUCUGAGUCCGGUGUCCAAUAUGGAAGUGAUUUUUUCUCCAUCCUUCUUCACCGUCAUGGUUCACCUCACCGUGCAUCUCGUUGAUGAUGUUACUCUUGGUGGACCAGUAUAUUAUAGGUGGAUGUAUCCAAUAGAAAGGUAUUUAGGACAUCUGAAGCAAUAUGUUCGUAAUAGGGCACAACCGGAAGGCUCAAUUGCAGAAGGCUAUUUAUCUGAGGAAAUCCUGACUUUCUAUUCUAGGUAUUUGGAUAAUAUUGAGACUAGAAUCAACCGACCAGGGCGAGUUGAUGAUGAGCCUGUUGACAUUCUUCACAAUUCAGAGGAGAGUAUCUUCCCAGCUAUUGGCAAGGCUUUCGCAUUUCGAACUCACUCCAAUGGAAAAACAUCAAGCUCAUCGUCAUGUGCUAGUCAACUGCGAUGCCGUGGUUCCGUUUUUAUGGAAAGUACUAUUCAAUCGAAAGAGAUGAAGUUGCUUGCGUGCGGUCCCAUGAUUCAGGCCAAACGUUUUGGGGCGUAUAAUGUUAACAGGUACAAGUUUCGAAUUGUCACAAAGGAAAACGGGAUGAACACGCAAAAUAGUGGAGUAUAUGUAUCAUCUAAUAUGAGAAGUUAUGCAAGCAUGCGUGAUAAUAGAGUGGCUGUUGGUAGUGUUUCGUAUUACGAAAAAAUUGUAGACAUAAUUGAAUUGAAUUACAGUUGUUCCUUCAUAGUGGUAUUGUUCAAAUGUGUUUGGGCUGAUACCACUACCAGUAGAGGCAUCAAACAAGACCAUUUAGGGCUUACCAGCAUUAAUUUCUCUCGUCCAAUACACACUAGUAAUCGUGAAGAAGAUGAACCGUACAUAUUGGCAUCAAAAGCUCAGCUUGUAUACUAUGUAGAUGAUGAAGUAGCUAAAGAAUGGAGUGUUGUAGACUUGUGGUUCAUGUGA